CUAAUUUAAAGGCGUCAAGUUAUUUAGAUUUGGUUCAGUCAUGAUGUAUGGAAGAAUAUCUCUGGAUGCUAACGCAAAUCUCCAUUUUUCUACGUGCUGUUCCAUAAAGCAUAUUUGUGCGUGAGAUUGCAGGUUUAUGUGAAGAAGAAACCAUCCUCCAAACAU